AUGGGCGAUACGAACCGGGUCAAUCCGGCCAUAGAGACAUGGGACGGACCGCUCGGCCUGCCCCGGCAGGAGGCGAUCGCCGACAGCGACCUGCCGCCGGCCAUCAAGGCCGGUUUCGCCCGUGACCUUGCGGAAGCCGAAGCUGUUGCGGCGAAUCCGGAGCCACCGACCUUCAACAACACGAUCGAGGCGCUCGAACGGGCCGGCGACCUGCUUGGGAAGGCGGCAUCGAUCUUCUUUGCCCGCGCCGGCAAUCACACCAACGAGACCAUCCAGGCCGCCGAGCGGGAAUUGGCGCCGCUUUUCGCGCGGCAUGCCGGCACGAUCGCCCAGAACAAGGCCCUAUUCGGCCGCAUCCAAACGCUGUGGCAGAACCGCGACGCGCUGGAUCUGACGACCGAGCAGACCGAGGUGCUGCGCCGCUAUCGCCGGACAUUCGUGCGGCAGGGCGCGGCGCUGAAAGGCGAGGCGCAGGCCCGCCUGAUCGCCAUCAAUGAGCGCCUGGCGGAGCUGGGCACCGCUUUCGGGCAAAACGUUCUCGCCGACGAAGCCGGCUGGGCGCUGAUGCUGGACGGCGACGGCGAUCUGGCCGGUUUGCCGCCCUCGACAGUGGCCGCCAUGGCCGCCGCGGCCGCCGAACGCGGCGAAGAGGGCAAACACGCGGUGACGCUGUCGCGGUCGAUCAUCGAACCGUUCCUGACCUUUUCGACCCGCCGCGACCUGCGCGAAAUCGCAUUCCGCGCCUGGACCGGACGCGGCGAGACGAACGAUGUCACCGACAAUCGCCCGAUCAUCGCCGAAACGCUCAGGCUGCGUGCCGAGAAGGCGCAAUUGCUUGGUCAUGGCAGUUUCGCCGCGCUCAAGCUCGACGGAACCAUGGCCAAGACGCCCGAGGCGGUGAACACGCUGCUUGAAACGGUCUGGGAGAAGGCGCGCGCGCAGGCCGAGACCGAGGCCGCCGACAUUGGCGGUCUGAUGCGCGAACAGGGCGCCAAUCACGAUCUCGGGGCCUGGGACUGGCGGCAUUAUGCCGAGCAGAUCCGCGCUGCGCGCUACGCCUAUUCGGACGACGAGAUCAAGCCAUACAUGGCACUCGAAAGAGUGAUCGAGGCGGCGUUCUACGUCGCCAACCGGCUGUUCGGGCUGACCUUCGAGGAGGUGCCGGGCAUUGCCACGCAUCAUCCCGAUGCCCGCGUGUGGCGCGUCAGCGACGCCGAUGGCGCACACCGUGCCGUCUUCAUCGGCGACUAUUUCGCGCGCCCGUCGAAGCGUUCCGGCGCGUGGAUGAGCGCGCUUCAGGUGCAGUCCAGGCUGCUCCGGCGCCAUCCGAUCAUCACCAACACGAUGAACUUCGCCAAGCCGCCGGCCGGCGAGCCGGCGUUUUUGUCGUUCGACGAUGCGCGCACGCUGUUUCACGAGUUCGGCCAUGCGCUGCACGGCAUGAUGUCCGAUGUGACCUAUCCGUCCGUGUCGGGCACCAAUGUCGCCCGCGAUUUCGUCGAGUUGCCAUCGCAGCUGUUCGAACACUGGCUGACCGUGCCCGAGGUUCUGAACCGGUUCGCGCUUCAUCACGAGACCGGCGAGCCGAUGCCGAAGGCACUGCUGGACAAGGUGCUCGCCGCGCAAACCUUCAAUGCCGGGUUCGACACGGUCGAGUAUACGGCGAGCGCGCUGGUCGACAUGGCCUAUCACCAGGGCGCCGAUGCGCCGGCCGAUCCGGCUGUCUUCGAGGCCGAAAAACUGGACAUGCUCGCCAAACCGGCGGCGAUCACGAUGCGCCACCGCUCGCCGCACUUCCAGCACAUUUUCUCAGGCGAUUCCUAUGCGGCGGGCUAUUAUUCCUACAUGUGGUCGGAAGUGCUCGACGCGGACGCCUUUUCGGCCUUCGAGGAAGCGGGCGACCCAUUCGAUCCCGCGCUCGCCGAAAAGCUGGGGCGGCACAUCUAUGCGUCCGGCGGCACCGCCGAUCCCGAAGACGCCUAUAUCGCCUUUCGCGGCAAGCUGCCGACGCCGGACGCCAUGCUGGAAAAGCGCGGGCUGACGUAG